AUGUCCGACUUUACCGAAGUUCCAGUGCUGGAUUAUUCUCUUUCCGCGUCCGAAGAAACAAAACCUGCAUUUCUUGAAAAUCUGAAGCAUGCCCUCCUUGAAGUAGGCUUUCUCUACGUCAAGAACACGGGCAUUGAUACUGUGCUUGUGGAUAAUGUUGUGAGGCUCGGGAAGGCUUUCUUUGAUUUGCCAGAAGAAGAGAAACUGCGGCUGGAGAUGAAGAAUUCUCCGCAUUUUGUUGGAUACAGUCGCCUGGGAAACGAGAUAACAAAAAGUGCAACCGAUUGGCGUGAGCAAUUCGAUCUCGGUACCGAGCUCCCGGUUCCUGCUGACGACGAGCCUCGCUACCGCUGGCUCAGAGGCCCCAACCAAUGGCCCUCCGAGUCUUCCCUCCCAGAGUUUAAAAAGACGUACACAGAAUACAUGGAUGCAAUGGGAAGCUUCUCCGAGCAAUUUUUGAGCCUUGUAGCGGAAGUACUUGGUUUAGAGAGGGACUUGUUUGCAAAGUACUACGAGGGCAGCGAAAGUGCUAGCGGAACAAAGAGGCAGGAUCGGUUGAAAAUAGUUAGGUACCCGGAUGUCACAGAAUUGAAGGUUGAGGAGAGUGAUCAGGCUCUGGGAGUUGGGCCACAUAAAGACUCGGACCUCUCUUCAUACCUCCUCCAAGCAUCUGAUCACAAAGGAUUACAAAUUCAGAAUUAUUCAGGAACAUGGAUUGACUGUCCCCCAAUUCCAGGCACAUUCGUGGUAGCAAUGGGAAAGGGGAUGGAAGCAAUCACGGGAGGAGUCUGUGUUGCAACAACCCACCGCGUAAUCGCUCCGGCCGCGGGAGAAGGGUCUCGUUUCUCGAUACCAUUCUUCCAGGGUGUGAGCUAUGAUACGAGAUAUGAAAGUAUAGAGAUUCCGGAAGAGGUGAAAAAAUUGAAGAGGGAGGUUGUAAAGGGGGAUGCAGAGAAAAGUCCCAAGCCAGGUGAUUUUCGUUUAUUGGGUGAGGCAACGCUUGUGAAUCGGGUUAAGUCCCACCCAGAUGUCGGUGCAAAAUUCUAUCCUGAGGUUCUGGCCAAAAUUCGUUCUCAAGAAGCCGCUUCCGCCGCCGUCGGCGAAGCUCUGCCCUCCGAGAAAGCGGCCACCAAACACGCUGAGUCGCUUCUUCUCGUUCCUGGUCCUGCCAACACAACUACAAACUCCACAGAAGAGGACAGCCCUAUACCAGCGCCUAGGAUGAGGGCCAGAGCCCCUACUAUUGUUCUCGAGAAGAUUGAGAGCGACGUACCUAGCUACGGAGAAGAUCCUGGUCCUGAUGGGAGUAUCGAGAGGAAGGAGGCCUGGAAGAUGAGGCAAGCAGAUGCGACACCAGAUGAGGUGAUAGUCAUCACACCAGAUGGGGAUUCGGGGUCAUUAGGGUUUAUGAAGAUCAAGGGUACUAAGGGGGGUCUGGGAGCUGGACUGGCUCCCUGA